AUGGGCGCAACGUGGGCUUUGUUCUUGAUUUUCGCCUUGCCGUGGGACAAGAAUGUUUGGCAGCAGAAGAGUGGGGUUGCGGUGCCAAUCUGGGAGGACAACCAUGACCCCGCUCUCGACAUGGUCGUGAGCACGGCGCAGAAGGCCGCUAUCAAGGACUUCGUCGAGCGGGUGCGGGGUGCCAAGGGCAAAGACGAAGCGGAGGCUAUCUGGGGUUGCCGCUCGAAGGGCAAGGGCAAGAACAACAAGGAGGGGGACGAGCACGCUCGUAAAACAAUCCAAAUAUGGCAGAAGAAGGUGACGUCGCAGAGUACGUGGUCGGUUGGGGCGAUUGUUCAGGAGGUACUUGAUGACGCCCGGGUUGGCUAUUGGGAGCAUCUCAAGCAGUCUGACGACCCGCGGGACAUUGACAGCGUCGACGUCGACAUCAAAAUGAUCGCUGGGCAGGUCCAAGCUACGUUGUUCGAAAAGCUCCUCGACGAAGAGUACGCCGGAAAGACGAUCUUCAACAUCAAAGAGAGGGAGUGGGUGAUCGCGCUGCUCACUGUCAUUCUCUCCAGACAGAAGACGCACGCCAAGCGAGCCCUCAAGACAAUCAUCUCGCUCGAGGAAACUGUCGCUGCGUCUGAGAACCAGCUCAAAAAUCGUUCACUCAAGCAGAGCGAGAUUUCGAAGACUCUCCGCGUUUUCACACGGAGCAGCAAUCGCCUGAUUAAGGCCCGUCUCCAAACCCGCCGCGAAGAGGACAUUGAGAAGAACGAGAAGCUGUCAGAUGUUCUCAGAGCGGUGCAGAGUUCCAUGGAGGGCAAACACAGCAGCGCCCUCUCAAGUGACACGCACCGUCUUAUUGUGCAGAUGAUGAGCCAGGAGGCGGUCGACGACAUCGAGAACGAGAUCAAUGACGCGCUGGACCACUACAAGAAGGACGGCGAGGACUUGCCGUUCGCUGAAGGGGACCGGGCAAUCCUUGCGGACUGGAACCUCGACGCCGAGCUCAAACACCUCACGCACAAGAACCCUACGGAGCUCUGGCAGUACUUGGGAAUCAUGGAUGAAAAGCUCGUGCCGCUGUCAGACUGGCGCGAUCCUUAUCUUCUGUAUACGACAUGGACAAACCACCUGGAAUGCCCCGAGGAGCGUAAGCUCCCCUGCAACCUCAAAUGGCACCAACUUGUCGGACUCUGCAGGCUUGUGGAGGCCGUGUUCGACAACAAGAGUCUCCUCGUCAUGGAUGAAGUCGGUGUCGGGAAGACGCUGCAAGUCAUUGCUCUCAUCGCGUAUCGUAUCAUGUCGCUUCAGUCGAUCGAGAAGAACGGCGAGCACCUCGGCGUCUUCAAGAACAAGACGAAGGGCACGCUCAAGGACGGGCCAGUGCUGAUUGUUGUUCCACCCUCGCUCUUCAACCAAUGGCUGGACGAGCUUCAACGUUGGCUCAAGUACGGCGCGGUCGACAUUGUGAUUUACACCGGUCAAUACAAUCGGAAAAAGUGUCAAGAGUGGUGGGAUGCGUGGAAACAGAUGUCCACGAAGCGCUUCACUCGGGUCAUUCUUGCCACUCGGGCGGCUCUUUGGUCCAAUGCCGCCGCCGCGGUGAAGUCGAAAGAGGACGUCGUCAGACCUGGCGACCUGCCGACGCUCUACCACACCGGAGUUGGCCUCUUCAUAGCUGACGAGAUCCACGACGUCCGCAAUAGCAGCCAGCGGCUGAACGCAUUCAUUGCGAUGUUGCGAGUUGUGGGUUCAGCGGUUCUUUUAACCGCGACUCUGAUGGUUACUCGGCCGCAAGACCUCCUCAACAUCGGCAAAAUCAUGCUCAUCAAGCAUUGCUCCUUCGCCGCCAUUUGGCAGGACUUCAGGCGCAAGAUCAACGCUGCCAAGCGGCAAGAUAAGAGGCAGCGCGACGAGAUCAGGGGAGAGGUGACUGUGGACCGCGCUCGAGCUCUUCUUGGCCGCGGCUCAGGCCCCAGCGAGCUCGACAAGGCCAACAAGGAGUGCAUCCAAGACCUUCAAAAAAUCUUCACUGGCUACGCGAUACGGCAAACGAUCGACAACCUCGACUACCAAGGAAACAAGAUAUGGGGCGCGGAACCGCCUUUCGACAGAUACCUCUUCCUCAAGCUCAACGACGCCGAUAAUACGGCGAUUCAGGAGCUCGCGGAGGAUUCCGCCGGAGCCACCGGCUUAGAACAGAACCGUUUCUACUUGGGGGUCAGAAAGAUUCUCGCACAUCCAGACUAUUACCAUGUGGACAAGGACAUUGAUAGGGUCAUAACCAGGAAGGGUAAGCGGUCGGUGGCCAAGGAGCAGCACACAACGUGGCAAGGACCUCAGUCCCUCGAGGAGUACCGCGCUUCCCCAUCCACGAAGCUCGACGCCACGGUCACGAUUAUCAAGCACCAUAUCAUAACCCCUGGUGCUGCUCCUCUGGUCAACAGCUUUACCAACGGCAACACGAUCCGGGAGGGCGAUGAAUUGUGGGAUAUUUACAACAACACGCUCAUCCCGGAUCGCAAGGCAUUUAUCUCCCGCACGUCUGAAGCGCUCCCUGAAGGACCGGAUGAAGACCCGCAAAGGCAGCCUUCGCCAGAGUUGCCUCCAGACAGCGAGCAGGCCUCUCUGUGGGACACGUCGACUCCAGACAAGCUGGUGGUGUACGUGUUCUUUGCAGCGCAGCAGACGUUGCUCAGGAAGGUGCUCGAAUGGGAAGGUAUAACGCCCUACGUUUUGUCGGGUGGGAUGUCUUCUUCCAAGCGUGCUGAUGUUUUACGGGCGUUUCGUGAGCACGCGAAGCCCACCGUUCUUAUCGUGACGUCGGUCGGCAUUGUCGGACUCAGCCUCGAUUGCGCCAACAUCGUGGUGUUUUUCUCUAUCAUGUGGUCUGGCCAGGACGAUCGCCAGUUCAUAGGGCGUGUCUGGCGCAGUCCUCAGAUCAAGCCCAUUAUCAUCUACCGUCCCCUCUCGAUGGACCUCAACGAGAAGAACAUGAGCAACAUCGCGUUCAGCAAGGAAGAAAUGCACACCCAGUUCUUUAUGCCCAAAUGUGUUGCGGACGCGAUCCAGCGCGGCAUCGAGAAAGCCAUCGAGGAAGAGAACGAGGAGGACGAG